UAUAGAGCAAGAGGCACACCGAUUCCAGUCACAGUCAGUCCACAAGGUCGACGGUGUUCUCGUCUGGCCAGUGCGGUCUCCUGCUGAUCCACCCAGGGUUGAUAGAGAAAGAGUGGGUGAACGGUGAUUGCAGCCGUCGUAUCCCUGAGGAAAGGACGGAUCCCUCACAUGGAGCCCAGUAGCUCUGGUGCUGCAGAAUACAAACGCUGGGACGACGACAACAUUAACCUCCACGUGACCGCCUCACAGUCUGGGAUGGAGAGGUAUUACGACAGAUUCUGCACCGGCAACACCGGCAAAAUCAUGAAGGUGGCUGGCGCUGUGGUUGCAGUGGUGGUAAUUUACGUAAUAGGAUACGCCACUGGAUACUACGUCCAUAGAUGCUGACCGGGGAGCCCGGCAAGGAAGGAGAGAUGGCAUUUGGAUGGAGAAAUGUUUAAAUAAGUUUGAUUAUGAAAUUGACCGAGACUACAAUGUGCCAUGCUGAAGGUGAACACACAACCCAGUUCACCGGAGCCAUUCUUUAGGACACAACGGUCACAAAUGUACUUUGAAAAGAAGUCAAAUGAAACUGUGAUAAGAUUUCAGUCACGUAAUAUAAUGCUUAACAUGGAACAGUAAGUUGCUGUAUUCUUAAGAGUGUCGACUCAAAAUGUGUAAAGUGUAUUCCGAAGACCAAAUGUAAAGUAUGCCUUUUUGGUUCGAGUUGCCAUUGUUUAUUUUUUUCCCCAAUACAUUUAAUAUGUUAAAGAAAACUGGAAAAUAUUUAAAAGUUGUUUAAUCUGUUUUGCCACAAUAAAACCAAGCUAAAUGCAAUAAUGUUUCAAAAAUUGCG